AUGGACAUGGACCACGCGACCAUCUCCGAAGCAGAUCUGACACGUCUGCUGCCCACCUGUCAAAGAUGCCGUCGUCUGAGGAGGAAGUGCGACACCAAUCUGCCUGCCUGUCGUCUGUGUCAGAAGGGCAAAGCUGAGUGUACUUUUUUCGAUCAUGCUUUGCAACAGACUUUGCCCCGAAGCUACGUCCAUUCACUGCUGACCCGGCUGGGUCGCCUGCGCGCUGUUCAAGCCUCUGUCAAUGGCACAAGUGAGCCGCUGAGUGCCUUUAAGCUGCCUCACCAUGAACGAAACACUUCCACAACAUCCGCCAACCUUGACCCUCCCCCCAAUGACUGGGGCACUUAUACCAGCGAUCUAUCUUUCGACAAACAUUUCAUCAUCGAGCAUGCCAAUCCAACAUGUUGGCAGUUCCUGGGCAGCAGCUCGCCUUACGCGCUGGUGGUCGAAGUCCUCGUUCAUGCUCAGGCGAAGCUCGGUUCCAUGGUCCACCAUCCAGACUAUGCCGGCCCUGAGUUCUGGCUCAAUGCGCAGAGUACAGAAGUCGCCGAGCCGCUGCAGCCCAGGGCUACUCCAUCGCGGGCUGAGAUCCAGAUGCUCAUCAACUUGUACAUGUCCACCACCAAUACUCUGAUGACCUUUUUCGAUCCCGAAGACAUGACCUACGAGAUUGACACUUAUUUGCGUCACCAUGGUUCAAAUGUCAAGUAUCUUACUGGCAAGGACGCCCAUCAAUUUUUCCGCGUCGCCAUGAUCUGUGCCAUUGCUUCGGCGAAUAAGGCGAGGCAUCACUCUGUGUAUGACACCGAAUCAAUGGCGUACUACGCCGAAGGUCUACAAUGUGUCGAAGAGGUAACUUCAGAUGUCUCUCCAGAUGCUCUCCAAGCGCUCCUCCUCCUCAUUCUAUUUACCCUGUUUCAGCCCAGAAAAGGUGACAUCUGGAAAUUGUUGGAUUUUGCCUGCCGUUUGAGCGUGGAGCUCAAUUAUCACACCGAGACCAAUGACGAAUACGAAGAUGAGAAAAGUCGGAAGAAACGUCGGGGCAUCUUUUGGGGGCUAUAUUGUAUCGAGCGGACAAUGGGGCAGCACCUUGGUCGGCCUUCGGAUUUGACAGAAGAAAUCAUCACUGCUGAAUAUCCUGCGUCGUUGAAUGAGGCCGCGAUGGCCGAUCCAGACACGCUGCAGAUUCUUCUGACUUCACACUACUACCGACUGACAUAUCUGCGCUCAGAGAUCUUCCGCGAAUUAUACCUUCCCGCCGUUGCACCAACUCUACCCCGGAUGUGGUAUGAGCAAAGUGUCGAAUCCAUGUUGGCGUGGCGGCGCGAACUCCAGUUCAUCGAGACCACACCCGGCAUGGGCAGCAUGACAUGCGAGACGGGCUUUGAUACUUCAAUCUGUUUCCUGUUCCAGCCUCUCUUGUUACGAGCACUGGCAGCAACCAAAGACUCGAUGCUCGGGCCCGAAAUCACCGAGGUCAUCCCGCGCGAGAGCUAUCAUUCUGCCGUGAAGGUCGUCGAAUUCUACAACAAGCUCUUCCGAGGCGCUGAAGGCACUCCAUGGGGAAUGUAUCCUAUCACCAUGAUUUCGGCCCACUACAUUCAUCAAGCCACCAUCAUCAUUAUGGCCCACUGCCUGUUGGCCAUUGAUGGACGAUUACCUGUCGUGAGUUUCUCGAGGGAGCUCAGUGGCGACGCAGAAGGCCCAGUGGACUUUAGUGGAAUCCAUGAGAUAUCCGGGACGUGCUUGAUCUUGUUGAACACUCUAUCCAAGAAAUGGGCCGGCAUGGUGGGUAUCUUGGACAUCUACAAAAGCCUCCAAGCAAAGGUGUUACCCAUCAUGAUGCGGAGCGGGCUGGGUUGA